AUGGGCAAGGACUAUUACAAGGUGCUGGGUGUGCCCCGGGACGCGACGGACGACCAGCUGAAGAAGGCGUACAGAAAGCUGGCGCUGAAGUGGCACCCCGACAGGAGCACCGAGAACAAGAAGCAGGCGGAGGAGAAGUUCAAGGAGAUAGGGGAAGCAUACGAAGUGCUGUCCGACCCGCAGAAGAAGGAAAUCUACGACCGGCUGGGGGAGGAGGGGAUAAAGAAUGGCAUGGGGGGGAUGCCCGGCGGUGGCCCCUUCGCGUACACGCCCUCCGCCGCGGAGGACAUCUUCAGGCAGUUCUUCGGGAGCAUGGAUCCGAUGGAUGGCGUCUUUGGCGGCGCGGGGCCCAGCGCGAGGCCCGGCGGUUUCAGCUUCGGGCGGUCGGGCUUUCCCGGCUUUUCCUUUGGGCCAUCGGGGUGCGAGGGGUGUGGGAACGCUCGGGGCGGACGGUGCUCGAGCGGCCAAAGGCGGCGCAAGCCCGACCCCAUCGUCACCCACGUGAAGUGCACCCUGGAGGAGCUGUACAACGGGACCACCAAGAAGAUGCGCAUCACGCGGUCGGUGAUGGACCGCAGCAGCAUGAAGCGCAUGCCUCUGCAGGACAUACUGGAAAUCCAGGUCAAGCCGGGCUGGAAGAAGGGCACCAAGAUAACUUUUGAGGAGAAGGGGGACGAGGAGCCGGGCAUGGCGCCGGCGGACGUGGUGUUUGUGCUGGAGGAGAAGCCCCACAACACGUUUACCCGGCAGGGGGACGACCUGGUGUACACACAAAAGACCUCUCUGCUGGACGCGCUGUGUGGGAGCACAGUGCGGUUCACGCACCUGGAUGGGGGCGUAAGGACGUACACCCUCACGGAGCCCAUGGGGCCCGGCAGAACGAAGCUCAUUCGUGGGGAGGGAAUGCCAAACUCGAAGACGGGGAGAAAAGGAGACUUGAUUAUCCAGCUGGAAGUGGAAUUCCCGAGGCAGCUGUCAGCUCAACAGAAAGAGGGCCUAAGGCGGAUCCUUGGGGAUGCCUGA